AUGCACCACCUUUCUUCACCUGCUUACUCAGCUCUCCUCCUGAUACUACUGCUACUGCAGCAACGCUGUCCGCUGAUCUGGUCAUCAGAUGUAUCAUUCGAUAUCGGAUCCGGCGCUGCAUCGCAGCUUAUCCGUGAAGCAGCUCAUCAGGUGCUCAGCAACCCGCGACCCGUUUACCUGUCAUUUCGCACGCAGCAUCAACCCUUACUCCUACCUCUGGCCCACAUCAAAACCUACAAUCGCAUCAGCUAUAGCAAUGUUACAAUCAAAUUCUAUCCGGAUACGGUGCGACUAAAAGCCAGCAAUGUCCGUGUCCAGUCCAGAUCAAACAUUACCCCGAACAUUUGGCCAAUGAGCUUUGGCGACGAGACGGUUGACUUUGGACUGUAUAUGACUGAUGUGGAGCUGGCGGCACGAAUUGAGGAGCAAAACACACGGAUGUUGUCGUGUUCACUUCGUGACACUUCCAUCAAUGCUUCGUCCAGUAAUUAUUGGAUGGUUGGUGCAUUGUUGUAUAUGAUUGCGGAUCCGAUCCAGAGUCAUCUCCAGCAACUGAUAUGCCCAUUCAUUGCUAGAUACAUAUCAGACUUUGAAAGUCCCGUUAUCAUGAAUGUUUCGCUGAGCGAUAUUCUGCCAGUACAUAUACGGGACGCCAUGAACACCACCGAUUCAUUGCUCUUCUACCGGAUCACCUCAGUAUCGGUGCAAGAGAAGCAUAUUCAGAUCACCGCGCAACUUGACUGGAAACGGCCACUUGAGGGCAACCCUAUGUCACUUAGUACAAAUGCAACAAAUGUUAGCGUCAAAUGGGACAAUGAAGAUCGCUUGGUUGCUUGGAUAGACGACUCUGCUCUUAACGACUUCCUCAGUCAGAUUGACUGGACCUUUCAGUGGAUGGAAGAAACAAUUGCAGUGACAAGCCCGGUGAUACCACUGUCUUCACGAGAAUUUCUUUCUACUCUUUGUACUUCAUGUUACUUCUUGCUCAAUGUCUGGGCGAGAGGAGCGCCGGUGCUGGCAGCCACGAAUGGUACCGUCGUCUUAGAAAAGUAA